AAAGCGGGGUACGUGUUCGAACUCCGAACCACUACCAUGAUCGUUGAUUUCCACCUCCAGUAGAUUGGGACCAGUGCUGCUACUUUCUCUGCUCUUUUUUACUUCCGCGACAAAGAAACGCGUUUCCGAGAGAGCUGGGCUCAUUUACCAGAACCAGAGAAGCCAUGAACAGCGCCGUCACCAAGGUUGCCGUUGUUGGGAGUGGAAUUUCUGGUGCUGUUUGCGCUUCAACUCUUGCCGGGAAUGGAGUUCCCGUCACUCUCUUCGAGUCAGCCAGAGGCCCUGGUGGGCGCAUGUCCCAACGGAGAGAAAACACUGAAGACGGGAAGGAGCUACUCUUUGACCACGGUGCUCCAUUUUUCUCAGUCAGCAAGUCAGAGGUGUUAUCUCUAGUUCACGAGUGGGAAUCAAGGGGCCUCAUAGCUGAAUGGAAAGAAAAGUUUGGCUCAUUUGAUUUUUCUACUCGUAAAUUUACUGAAAUAGAACAGGAAGGAUUAAGCAAGAGAUACGUGGGUGUCCCAGGCAUGAAUUCGAUAUGCAAAGCAUUGUGCAUUGAGAAUGGUGUGGAAAGCAAGUUUGGAGUGAGUAUUGGAAAAAUUGAGUGGUCAGAUAAUGAACACUUAUGGUCAUUGAUGGGCUUAGAUGGACAAAUUCUUGGCCAGUUCAAGGGGAUUGUUGCAUCAGACAAGAAUAUAGUUUCUCCCAGAUUCACAGAAGUGUCAGGGCGGUUGCCACCUCUUGAUAUGAAUUUGAUGCCAGAGUUAUCAGCAAAGUUGCGUGAUCUUCCUGUUAGGCCAUGUUUUGCUGUAAUGCUGGCAUUUGCGGAGCCUCUAAACUCAUUACCCUUCAAAGGCUUCUCCAUCAAGAAUUCUAACACUUUAAGGUGGGCUCACUGCGAGAGCAGCAAGCCAGGCCGUUCUACUCAUAGUGAAAGAUGGGUUCUUCAUUCAACAGCAGAGUAUGCAGAGAACAUAAUUGCUCAAACUGGACUCAGGAAGCCCUCAGACACAACAUUGAAAAAAGUGGCUGACGAGCUUUUCCAAGAAUUUCAAAGCACAGGACUCGACAUAUCUCAACCUUUUUUUAAGAAAGCUCACAGAUGGGGGAGUGCGUUUCCAGCUGCUAGUAUUACCCCUGUGGAAAGAUGUCUUUGGGACAGAAAUAAGAGAUUGGCCAUAUGUGGAGACUUCUGUGUGAGUCCCAAUGUGGAAGGUGCUGUAGAUAGCGGUUUGGCAGCUGCUUCGAAGCUUAUGGAGUCUGUGAAUUGUUUAUAGUUGGAGAAGUAUCUCUAUCAUGUAACUCGAGUUUUUUAUAAUAUGGUUCUUGUUCAAACUUCGGAGAGUUUGCAUGAGUGUAUUUUCAUCUUUACUCAGAAGGAUAAGGACAUAUAGAAGCCCUCUCAAGGGCACUGGCACAUAAUAAUAACACAUACCAAGGGCACUCGAUAAUUUUAGCAUCAUUACAUUGAUCGAUUUCCA